CUACACCAGACAAAGAUUGGUUAACCGUUCCUGGAAACCAAUUAUCUCGUUUCGAACGACUGCAGAAAAUGACGCAGCACUUCUGGGCCAGGUGGUCCAAAGAAUAUGUCUCACAUCUGCAGCAUCGCACUAAGUGGAAGGAGAACUUCAUUCAAAGACUCAAGAUCGGCACUCUGGUGCUAGUUAAAGAAGACGGACUCCCUCCAUUGAAAUGGAGAAUCGGCAGAAUAACUGAACUCCAUCCCGGACCAGACCACAUCACUCGAACUGUUACCUUAAGAACUUCAACUGGAGAGUACAAAAGGCCAGUAGUCAAGCUUUGUGCUCUUCCACUUCCAGACGACGACAGCAUCUCAUCGUGUUGAAAGCCUGGAGGCUUUCAAGGGGGCGGCCUAUGUUACGCCAAUGGUCAUUUGGCGCGCGCGCCACUGUGUAGCAGCCACGACCACUGCGCAAGCGCUGCCUGACAGUUUUUGAAUCCAGCCAAUGGGGACGGAGACACCAGGAGAUCGAAGCGCCGCGACCAACAUAGGAGGUGUCGACACAGAACGCAUCAUCAGAGAAAUUUAACGGAAUACUUCAACGCCGUCGAUGGGCAGAAUAUGAUGAUAAUCUUCGCGUCGAUGCUGUAUGAACGUCGCAUCAUAUUCGUGUCAAAGAAACUUCAACGAUUGAGCGCAUGUGCACAAUCGGCCAACGACAUCAUCUACCCUAUGAUAUGGCAACACAUCUUCAUUCCGGUGUUGCCGAUGUCGCUCAUCGAUUACUUGUUAGCGCCUAUUCCGUUCCUUAUUGGCGUACCUGAGGAGGUUUUCAAGCAAGUACAUAGAAUUGAAAUAGGAGAUGUUGUCAUAUUAGAUGCAGAUACAAAUACGAUUGAUACUCCUUUUGAUGAUCUUAAUAAUCUUCCUCAAGAAGUGAUUACAUCCCUCAAAAAGCAACUUCGUAAUAAGUCUUUAGGUGAUGGUGUUUCCAGAGCUUUUUUACGUGCUUUAGUUCAACUAAUAGGUGGUUAUAGAGGUGCUCUCAGGUUUGAACCGGGUCAAAAAGUGACGUUGACAAAGAGAAGUUCAUAGAAACGAGACCUGUGUCGCUUCAACCCUUUUUGAGGCAAAUGUUACAGUUACAGAUAUUCCAACAGACUACUCGACUGCAUUUUUUAGUUUAUAGAAGAGCGUCUAAUGAUGUUGAAUACAGGCCAAGGAUUUUCUGACGAAUUUGAAUACGAAUUAGAAAGAUACUCGGCAAAAUCAGGAUCGAAGUUGAAACA